AUGACCACCUCCGAAGCCCGAAAAGCAAAGUCCGGGGACUUUUAUGUUUUCCAGCGAUACCGUUUUGAUAAAUUCUUCCACUUCUGCUGCCACCGUGUUGAUGACUCGCCUAAACUUCUCGACGUGGAACAAGAACUUCGCGAAGUGGUUCAAGAAGAGAUAUCCAUCAGACAGGGAGCCGAUAGCUCGAGCGAAAAGGCGAAAGAAAGACUGCGUGUGUUGAACAUCAGAUACCACUUCCUCGGCCAAAGAUGGUUGUAUUACCGAACUUCUCUGCAGGCGGGGUCCCAUCUGAGAUGGUAUAUGCACAAAAGACUUGUCAAGGAUUGCGCUAGUCGGGGGGGUUGCUGUGCUCGGAGUUGUGGCUGCUGUCUUAAUCGCAACAUUGACCAAACCCGCAAGCUCGGAGUUGGACAUUGUACCCUUCGAUGUGGAUGUUGCCAAAGAGCGAGAGGCGGCUUGGUCAUUCCCGAGGAAGAGCAGAGAUUGUUGCAGAAGAAUUUAGCUGUACGAGGGACACUUACCGGUCACGCUGGUUCAUCAAUGUCUCAAUUUGGGGGCUAG